UGUGGUGCUCAGUUAGUUUGUCGAAGAGUUGCGGUCUUUUCCCCCUUCUGUUGCCGUCGGCAGGAGCUGGGCUAGGUAGGGUGAAGGGCCCGUUACGUAGUGUACAGAGAAACGCGUCAUAUCCAUGCGUAGGAAAAACUGAUUCGUGAAAUGUAAACCACAUACCAUAUACUGACGACUUGAAAAAUAUGAGGUCAUGACUGUCUUCAGGUAGGAUCUACACGUUGGAAACCCAACAGCAUGGACUGGUCUGUCACACGAGAACCGACUUGGAGUUUACUUCCUAAAUUGACGUCAUAUCCUGGCGGUGUUGGAUAUACGUCAUGGGAUUUCCGAGGACACGGAUGUCGAAGAACCCAUCAAUACACCGCGAGACAGGUUCGAAGUAUCAUUUUGUGUGCUAUGUGUUCAGUGUACGUGUUUGUAAGUGUUAUAUGGACCGUAGCUGCUCGAGAGGACCUAAACAUCCAUUCAGCUUACACAACUUUCAACGAGAGCGUGAACUUCACGCAUCUCGUGGUAGAUCGUGACACGGGACGAGUGUACGUAGGAGCUACCAACUGGCUCUAUCAGUUUAACAGCUCUCUGGAAUUAGAGUUGGAGGUCAGGACAGGGCCUGUAAAGGACAGCAUCCAAUGUUCUCCAUCCGACUGUCUUCACCAAAAAAAAGUAGAUACCACUAACGUCAAUAAAGUCCUAGUCAUCGACAGUCAGGCCAACAAAUUAAUUGUCUGUGGUAGCGUCCACCAGGGAGCCUGCCGCCGUCACGAGCUCGGGAACAUUGCCAGCGCCGAGGAACUAGUUCCUGUUCCAGUAGCAGCCAACGAUGAGAACUCUUCUACAUACGCCUUUAUUGGUCCUGCCCAAUAUUUCGGUUACCCCUCCAGGGUUCUAUAUGUGGCAACAACCAACAGCCGCCUGGGGCCUUACCGAGACAUGGUCCCUGCCAUCACUAGUAGAAGCCUUGAAGAGGGCAAUGGCCGCCUAUUUGGGAUCAUUGAAAAGUCUUUUUCCACCAUUGCCAGGGUGGAUAUUAGCUCUCACCUGAGGGACUAUUACCUGGUGAACUACAUCUACGGCUUCCACUCAGGAGGUUUUAUUUACUUCGCCACAGUGCAGAGGAAAUCUCACUUGAGGGCGCUUGAGGAGUGGGGCUACGUAACAAGGCUGACCCGAGUAUGUGCAUCCGAUGCCGGAUACAAUACGUAUACCGAAGUAACGUUGCAGUGUGUCCGAAAAGAUGGUGUUAACUUUAACUUGCUCCAGGAUGCCGUUGUUGGUCCAGCGGGUUCCGAUCUUGCGGCAGCUCUUCAUAUAGAAACGGGAGCCGAUGUUUUCAUUGGUGUGUUCACAUCCAGUCCUGACCACACCACUUUGACCUCUCCCCCAUCUGCUUUGUGUGUUUACUCUCUGGCCGAAAUAGAGCAACGUUUUACAGAAAACAUCCACAUGUGUUAUAAUGGUAGUGUGGUCACUCGCAAUAUGGAUUACAUAGCCGGCAGUAUCGUGGAUUGUCCAGAACCUGGGAAAGGUGGGAAUAUAUUCAGUUUUUGUAUGGAAACCUUGAAACUGAACGGAACAGUCCCAGUCACAGCGACCGCUGCAGUCACUUUUCCCAGUGUGACUUUAAAGUCUGUUACGAUCACCACCACUUUCCAACACACAGUGGCCUUUAUCGGGACAGACAAUGGAUAUCUCAAAAAGGUACUAAUAAACAGCGGUGAUGACGUAGACGAGUUUGAGGAGGUACCUAUUGAUUUAGGCAAUCCAAUCAUAGCUGACCUCCAAGUGGACAAGUCAGGGCAGUUCAUCUAUGUGGCCUCUACGUACAGGUUAGCCAAAGUACGGAUAGCAAAAUGUCACCAGCACAACAGUUGUGAAUUGUGUCUAAGAGCAAGAAACCCUUACUGCGGCUGGUGUUCCCUCGAGAAACAGUGUACAGUUAAGAGUGCUUGUCAGAAUGCCACCACCAGCUUUGGUGUUAGUUCUCCCCGUUGGCUAUCAUUAAACACACAACAGUGUAUUGAUGUUCAAGCAGUCAAGCCAGAACAACUUCCCAUCACCAGCACGGCCAUGGUGGAGCUGGUCAUCAACCAACUUCCCAAUCUUCCAUUUGGAGCACAUUAUCUGUGUGUGUUUGGAAACAGUGCUACAGUCAGGGCUCGAGUGACUGGAGCAGGACUAGCAUGCAUGACACCAAGAAUUGAAGAUCGCCCUCCUAUUUUACCUGAAAAAGAUCAUGUCACAGUCGACCUUGCAGUUCGUUCAAGUGAAACCAAUACUGACUUUCUUCAUAAACCUUUUGCUUUUUAUGACUGCUCUGUUCAUAAAACGUGCUCGACAUGUGUUACCAGUUCAUGGGCUUGUAGCUGGUGUCUUCAAGAGAACCAUUGUAUGCACAAUGCUGGUUCUUGUCGAAGGACUAUAAUCACAGGAGAAAACAAUCCACAGAACUCUCUCAUGAAAGGAAGGCGGUAUUGUCCUAGUUUUGCCACGAAUGAGGAAAUCCUUCUUCCUAAUGGUGUAAGAAAGGAAAUUGCUUUAGAUGGGAAGAAUCUUCCUAGUUCAUUGGACGACUUUCAUUGUGUUGUAGAAAUAGAAGGGGCCAAAGAACAAGUUUUAGCGAGAAUCCAUGGAAACAAAAUCAUGUGUGCUGAAACGUUGUAUAGGUAUAAAGCUGAGGUUCAGCAGUUAAAUGUUACAUUAACAGUUUUCUGGCAUGGCGACACCUAUAUAGAUCAAAUAAUAGUCACGCUAUUCAAGUGUCAUCUCCUGGGAAGUCAUGGAGGACAAACUGACUGUUCCCUCUGUCUAACUAGAGACCCAAAGUUUCGGUGUGCUUGGUGUGGUAACCAAUGCCACUACAGUGACUCUUGUGUUGAGACUCCAGCACUGACUUGUCCCCUGCCUCGUGUGGACUGGAUUCAUCCAUUAAGUGGGCCUAUUGAAGGUGGCACCUUAAUUGCCAUUGAGGGAAGUAAUCUCGGCACCAACGAGCGAGAAAUAAACAACAAGAUCACUGUUGGUGGGAUUCCGUGCAUUCCAGUUGAAUAUAGUGUGUCAAUAAGAGUUGUUUGUCGUACUGGCCUGAGUGAAACACCCAGAACUGCUGAGGUGGUGGUUGGGAAUAAUGCUGGUGUGACUGUAGCUCAAGAACAAUUUUUAUAUAAGGAAGUGAAAUUGAAAAGUGUUGAUCCAGUCAUUGGACCACAAGCAGGAGGAACUAGAUUGUAUUUGAGUGGAGAAAACCUUAAUGUUGGAAGUCAAAUGGCCAUUUAUUUAGAUGGAUUGCCAUGUAUCGUAGACAGAACCUUAGCAAGCAACAGUCAGGUCAGCUGUCGGACAACCAGAGCACCAACACCAGAUUACAAUGUCUCGGCACUAAUACUCAUUAUCGACAAUGCUACUUUAUUGUUAUCGAACCCUUUUACGUAUACCAUUAACCCAACAAUACUAAGGAUCUAUCCUUUAAAGAGCUUUGUCAGUGGUGGAAGGAGUAUUACAGUAGUGGGAACUUCUCUACGAGCUAUCCAACAACCCCGUAUGGCUAUUUUUAACAACGAAACACUCCUUAACGAGACUGUGUGUGUAGUCGUCAGUAACUCUCAGAUGGUGUGCCCCUCUCCAUCUCUGAGUAGAGAUGCUGUUCGAUCCCUCCUGACCAACAGUAAAAGAAACACUGGGGUGCAUGCAGAUGAGCUCAAAUUCCAGAUCGGUUUUCUUAUGGAUGAUGUUACCAGUGUUAGGGAACUUCAGGCAAACUUUCCAGCCUUGCACUCGGAUAUGGUGUACGUUCCAGAUCCAAGGUUCUUCUCUUUCAAUGGAAAUGGAAUUAAACUAUACAAAGGAGAAUCCUUAGUUAUUGAGGGAGAACAUCUUCGUCUAGCCAGCAUGGAGUCUGAGGUCAGUGUAAGUAUUGGUACUCGACCUUGCAACCUGACCUCACUAGCCAUGACCCAACUGGUGUGUCUACCUCCCGAGGACCAGCCACAAGGAACAGACGAGCUUGGACGGUCAACCAUCAAUGCACUUCCCAUGGUUGUGGUGCGGGUGGGUUUAAACCUGCGUUAUGAGGUUGGUUACCUUCGUUAUGAAGUGAUGAAAACUUACAAGUUCCCUCCCGAGGCUAUUUGGGGGAUAGCUGUUGGAGGAGCCCUUCUUAUGCUUCUUAGUCUUGCCAUUUUGAUUGUCUUGAGACAUAAAAAUUCCUUGGCAGAGCAAGAGUACAAGAGGAUCCAGCUUCAGAUGGAUACACUAGAGAACAGUGUGCGAUCUGAAUGUAAGCAAGCCUUUGCAGAAUUGCAGACAGAUAUGACAGAUUUAACAAACUGCCUACAAACAUCGGGUGUUCCAACACUGGAACACAAAACAUUUGUCAUGAAAGUAUUUUUUCCUGGCAUCCAUGACCAUCCUCUACUCCGGGACAGAAAGAGUAAGUUGUCAGAGAAAAUCUUACAUGAUAUUUAUCCUAUUUUCAGAGUGAAUGUUGCCUCACUGUUGACAAUCAUUUUCAUGGAGAAAAUGGAAUAUGCCACAGAGGUACUAAAAGUUCUUCUUAUGCAGUUGAUCGAGAGAUCUGUUAACUCCAAGCAUCCUCACCUCAUGUUACGAAGAACAGAAUCAGUGGUGGAAAAAAUAUUGACCAACUGGAUGGCUCUCAACAUGUAUAAUUACUUGAAGGACCGAGCAGGAAGUACUUUGUUUCUGUUGUUUUGUGCCGUGAAAUACCAGAUCGAGAAGGGUCCUGUAGAUACCUUCACCCAUGAUGCCAAAUAUUCUCUUUCGGAAGAAAGGUUGCUACGGGAACAAACAGACUACUCAACAGUGACUGUUCACAUCGUACAGGAGAAUCACAUGGAGAAACUUCAGUUACAAGUAAAUGACUGUGAUACUAUUAGCCAAGUGAAGUACAAAGUUCUAGAUGCCUUAUAUAAGAACACGCCUUUCUCCCGUCGUCCGUCAGUACGUGAUGUUGAUUUAGUUCUACAUCUGUCAGAGUGGAAACGUGGGAAUGGUGCUCAGCUAACCCUAGCCGAUGAAGACUUGACCACUAAAACGAUCAAUGGGUGGAGGAGGGUUAACACCCUACGACAUUAUGGAGUGACAGAGUCUGCUGUGAUUAGCCUAGUCAGCAAACAGAAUGAUAGUCUUACUUCUGACUGUAAGGGGAUAGGAACUACAUCUUUGAAUUCCAUGUCACCAAUUAUUUCCAGCUAUGAUGUAGAACAGGGUAUUCGAUAUUGGCACUUAGUCAAGCCUGUGGAUGAUCAGCAUUUUACCCAGAAAGAUAAUUUUCCCAAAGCUAUUCCAGAAAUCUUCUUAACCAGGCUUCUGUCCACAAAAGGCACAAUCCAAACUUUUGUAGAUGAUUUCAUUACCAUGGCACUUACUGUAACUGGAGAAAUCCCAUUAGCAGUCAAGUGGCUGUUUGAUCUUUUGGAUGAAGGAGCCAGUAAAUAUGGAGUCAGUGAUCCAGAUGUUGUUCAUUCGUGGAAAAGUAACAGUCUUCCACUGAGAUUUUGGGUGAAUUUUGUGAAAAAUCCAGACUUUAUAUUAGAUGUAUACAAAACUCCAUUAUUGGACUCUUGCUUGUCAGUGGUAGCCCAAACUUUGAUGGAUGCCUGUUCAACAUCAGAACAUAGACUUGGAAAGGAUUCUCCUUCUAACAAACUGUUAUUUGCCCGAGAUAUCCCAGCUUACAGGAAAAUGGUUAUGAAGUACUACCAGGACAUUAGUGCGCUACCAGUAGUUUCCGACCAAGAAAUGAAUGCUACAAUGCAUGCCUUGUCUGUGUCUCAAGCAGGAGAGUUUGAUACCUUGACUGCUCUUAAAGAUCUGUAUGUUUAUGUUGUCAAGUAUAAUGAAGAGUUGCUGCAAGCCCUAGAAGACGACCCCUUUUGCCAACAAACUCAGUUGACACAUAUACUCAAGACAGUUGCAUGUACUUUAGAAGGAGAAGAGACUUCUGUCUGCUGAAGAAGAUUUUAACUGGAUGGUGCCAAAACUUAUCCUAAACUAUGUUAUAGGUAAUCUGAAGAACUAGGUCCAUUACAUGUUAUAGUAAUAAAACUAAAAAUGGGAUCAACACGAGUGCUUGAACUAUUCCUUAAGAUUUUUUGAUGUAUAUGUAUAUUUAAAUAAUCUUGUCAUUCCAUUAACUUCAUAGAAGUUCAAGCCAAAGAUAUAAUCAAACUUGCUGGUGUUAGGCGAAAAAACUCAGUGGGUAACUCGUAAUCUUUUAACUAUGUUUAUAAGAAAACUGUCAGUGCCUAUAAAACAAUAUAACGAACAAGGUUCAAACUGUGUACAUACAAACUUUGCCAAGAUCUUUACUAAUUUAUACCUUUCAACAGUUGUUGGUAUUUGGCACUGUGUAUAUUUUCUUCAUUGUGUGUAUUGCAUGAGGUCCAUCCAUGUUGGUGCUUGUGAGAAGUAAAUUUAACACCUUUAUAUUUUGUGGAUGGAGUUGAUGUUUUUUUGUUUUUUUUUAAACGCUGCUGCCUAGACUGUGAUAUUGUAAAAUCCUUAUAGACUAGUUGUAUGUAUGUAAUAAACUGGCAGAAGCAAGCUGGAUCAUUAGUUUCUGGUCAGUAUGAAUGUUGUUUUGUAAUGCUGGAAAAUUAAUUAGUAAUGCUCUUGUAAUCUUAAAACUAUUUUGAAUUAAUUUUCCUGAAAAGAAAAUACGAGUAAUUUACUAGAGCUUCUGUAUCAAAUCGUGAGAAAGGAAGUUCUUAAAAAAAAAAGAAUUUUUCGUGUAAUACUUGAAAAUUUAAUAAAUAAUGACUGUGCUAAACUCGUUAUUUUAGACAGCCGACAGUGCCCGAGAAUCCUAUUUUUACUCUUUUAAUUUACGUAAUUUCAGUGUUCUAGUAUAUAUAAUGUUUAACUGAAAAAAAUAGCUGCUGUAAAAAUUUUAAUGGGAAACAUUCAGUAAAAUUCCAAUGGAAAGAUGGUUCCUGUUCCAACAGCAUAUUUUUGAUAAACCUGUACCAGUUUGGAAGUAAAUAAAACUUAGUUAAGUUUUGUUUUGUACGUAAGUGACUGAUCUUGUACUUGACAUUAAAUAAAAUCUGAUGUUGAGCC